UACUGAUCUGUCAAGGGAACUCUGAUCACUGGAGGGUGAGGACAUCUCCGGAAAGCAUCCUACACCAGUGUUCUGCGAUGACAAUGAGAGGAGCCAUAUGUACCACGCGACAGUUACGGCGUGGAAGUGCAGUGCACUGGUGUGAGUCGGCAUCGGGAGAGUUCAGCAAUGCAGUCAACAUCACUGUCUCGGAUGAAUACUGUGACAUUAUCCUGGUAAGCCCUGCCCAACCUGUGUCCCAGGGAGAUUCGGUGACUCUUCGCUGCACAUCAAACACAGGAAACACUCCCUCCUCCGCCGCGGCUUUCUAUCACAACGACAAACUCAUCCAAAGUGAUUCCCGUGAGCUGAAAAUCCCAGCAGUGUCGAAGUCAGACGAAGGUUUCUACAAGUGUCGGCACAAGGGAUCCGUGUCAGCGCAGAGCUGGAUGUCGGUGAAGGAGAACGUGAAGGAAAGCUCGUCAUUCCCCGAGUUGUCGAUCAUUUUACUGAUUUGUGGAACAUUGCUGAUAAUUCUGCUGCUGCUGCUGCUGCUGCUGCGGUAUCGUUGCGACCUAAAACCAACAAGUCUGUGCUGUAACAGGAGGGGGAACCCCAGCGCUGCCACCGACCAGCCAACAGCCAACCAUGAAGAAAACCAACAGCAUCUCUAUUCGGCGCUCCUCCACGGAGAGGUUUGUGUCUACGACUCACUCCGACGCUCUGAGAACUCCAGAGAAGUACAAGCACUGGCACAGACGCCCGUCGUGACCCUGACACCAGAGUGGCCAAAGUUAUACGAACAGGAGAUGAUCACACUGACGUGUGUGAUUCAGGGCGGCGGGGACGCAGAGUGGACGUACUCCUGGCAAACAAGCAGCUCAGUGUCACCUCCAGAUUCGGACAGUUACCCCAUGGAGGCAGAAGUGUCCCACAGUGGAUUCUACAAGUGCAGAGGCCAGAGCAAAGGCUUUACAACAGAGUGGAGUGAUCCUUUCAAACUGGAGAUACACAACUAUGUGCCAAUACCAGUCCUCACUGUGGCUCCAAUAUGGCAGAGUGCUGGAGCACCAAUUAUGCUAACCUGUCAGAUGGAAUAUCCAUCUGCGGGAUGGAGCUUCUACUGGUAUGAGGUUCUUCAACAUGGAAGAUAUGAAAUUCAAUACACGAUGAUGCCUGGAAAUGGGAAUGAAGAAAAUUCCUACGUCGUUUACAUGCCGACGUCAAACACCACGUCAUACGUGUGUCGAGCUGGAAGAGGAGAACCCAUGUAUUACUCUGAGUUGAGUGAACGGACCUGGGCUCAAGCAGGAGAGUUUGGGAACACCAUCAACCUCACCACGAACAGGCCCAAGCCUGAGACGCCCUCAGUAGUUGCAGCACUGUUUGCUGGGUUAGUCUCUGCAGUUGUGCUGAUGGUCCUCCUGAUGUUGCUGUAUCGCCUCCUCAAGUUCCCCGAUACAAACAGGAACAGUGAUCCUCGACGUUUCAGGUGCAGCACUGAGCUGGACUAACCGGUCAACCCAACCCAGCAGCACGUAUAUUCCUCUCUCCUUGAAGGCGACACUUGUGUCUACAAAACGAUCAAAGGUUUCAAAAGAUCUGGAAAUGACAUUCUUCUUUUUUAGGCGGAGUAAAGAACGCAGUGGCACUGUUUCCGGAGAAAAUCUGAAUCCGAUUAGUCCCCCUGGUGGCCUGAGUGCAAAUUGCAGCCCGUCCUACAGCCGUAGUGUCAUAGAUGUGUAUUUCCCUUGUUAUUUGUCCUAUUAAACCUUCAUUUCUGAAGGUGGUUUAAGUUUGUCACCGUGUUUUGUUUUGUUUUUACAGAGAAUCUGACACAUUAAUUUGUUUUGUACAGCGUAACUUUAAAAAAAAACAAAAAAAACUUUGUUUAUGCUUUAACUGCUUUGGUGCGGCUUCAUUUGUAAAUGAUAUUUGUAAUAAAACAGGACAUAAGAAUAUA